ACAAAUUCAUCUAGUUAACCACACCACGAGGCCUUUCAUCAUCAUAACACGAGAAUGAUAAAGCAAAAAUCGAAGGGAUAAUGAAAUCAACGGAUAGAAAAAGAUCCAUGAAACCCGAGAACGUGCACGUGUUACCGUCCCCGGUGAUGUUACUGAAAAACUCGACCUCUGGCCAUGCCUCGAAAUCGAAACGAGCUUCUGUAAAAGGUUUGAAUGAAAUUUGCGGCGGGGGAAUCCCAAGAAAUUCGGCAGUGCAUUUCAGUCGCUUCUACGACUCCCCAGCCACUGACAAGGACAUUCUCCAAGGAACAAGGUCAAAAUUCACUGGGCAGAUGCUCCACAAAUUGGAGAGCCUCUCGGGGACUAAGGAUUAUUCAGCCGAAGUGGCUGCUAUGAUUAGAACGGUUUCCGAGCCUCCGAAUUUCUCGAUGCGAGUGCCACCCAGAGAUAAUUACCAAGGAGCCGAGGUCCACCGAGUCGUCUAUCCGCUCUGGUACAGAGAGCCCAGCGCAACAACUUGAGUAGCACCAAUAGUGUCCCAACACGCCCCAUCCAAUGGAUGGACCACAGUGGCCGCAGGCGGAGAUCUCCCAUGGAUAAGUGCGAUCUCGUUACUGAGGGUCCCCAUGGCAGACGUCUUUCUCGGAAAACGAAGAAUACAACGAACAAUUUUUUAUGCAUAUGACGAUGGUAUUGCUAUUCACCAGGCGAAAAAUUCCCAGUAUUUUCACUUUUUCCAGUCAACUCCUGAAAAAAUUUGCAGGCUUUCCAAGCCAUCUAGACUGUCCAGAAGUUAAAUUUAAAGUUUUUGUAAAAUUUAGUACGAUGCAAAAUGAACUCAAAUAAAAAUUAAUUAUAUAAUAGAUAUGACACUUGACAGUUAUACGAGCUAAUUUUUAAUCGUUUUAUUGAUGAGCCAUUUUUCUUAAACGACCGAUCAGUCGACUAAUUUUA